AUGGCUUCUUCAGAUACUGAAGCUGGACCAUCGUCCUUAGCGCAGCGCGCGGCUGACCUCAGCUUGUCCGACGAACCUAAUUCAAGCAGUGCUCAGUCACCGGGCAGACACAACAACGGAUCUGCCUCAGCUUCGCCUCCUUCAGCGCUAUCCCAACCUCAGCAGCCCGAAUCUGUUAGACGUCCCACGGGUGGUCCUCCUUCCCGGAGCGGUGGCCCCCCGGGUAGCGGUGGCGGUGGUCCGCCACCUCGACAGAACGCUGGCUUGGGAAGUCUAGCAAAUGUCAAUUCGCGCGCAAAGGCCAUGGCCGGUGGCCCGCUGCCGCCAAGCCUGAUGGCGAAGCUCCAGGCCGUAAGUUGCGAUUCACGGCUUGAUUGGCCUUCUUGGUAGAGUGCUCUUCUCACAAACUCGCUCUUGUCCCUCAUGCGCUGGUCUCGCACCCAGAACGCAAGCCGAUCGGCUGCAGGACCGGGAGGAUCGCCAUCACCAGAUCCUCAGAGCCUCUUGUCGAGAGGUGCAGGCGCACCCGGUGGACCUGGGCUGGGCUCUCUGCGGGCAGCCCCUAGUGGUCCGCCUCGAGCACCGCCUCCUCCCAGCGGCCCCACCGGUGGAGGUCCAGCAUUGGGAGGGAUGGCGGCGAGAAGGGCCAGACCAGGCUUCAAGCUGAGCGACAUGGGAUUCACAGCGGAAGGACCUCCUGGUGGCGCUGGCAGCCCAGGCACGUCUCAGCCAGGGGCCCUUGUUGGUCGAGCACCGGGACAAAAGCUUGCUCCACCCGGUAAGCUUGCCAACGCAAACGGUCCCAUGAGCUCAGCUUUCGCGAAUUUUUCAAACGUGGUGUGAGCAGUCUUGUUUCUGAUCAGGCUCACGAUUCGAAAGCGCAAGCUGAUUGCCUGCCUCUCUCUGCCUUUGGUUGCAAACUGCGUAGCGACCCAUCUGGACGCUUGAACUUUGACGGAAAAGCGAUUUUGCACAAGUCUGGCGUCGAAUUUCGGAACGGCACCAAGUUCCAGAUCAACAUGGAAGACUUGGAAUUGCUCGACGAGCUUGGCAAAGGCAAUUACGGAACUGUGCGCAAGGUCCGUCAUACGCGCACAAAAGUAGAGAUGGCAAUGAAGGUGAGUCGCACGGUGGUCGUUGACGCAAAGCAGCGCUAAAUGCGGUAUCUGCCCUUCUCUGGCGCACACACAGGAGAUUCGCCUCGAGCUGGACGAGUCAAAGCUAAAUGCCAUUAUUAUGGAGCUUGACAUCCUUCAUAGAGCUACUGCGCCUGAAAUUGUCGAGUUCUACGGAGCAUUCUUUGUGGAGAGCUGCGUCUACUAUUGCAUGGAGUACAUGGAUGCGAAGAGCCUCGAAAGCUUGUAUCAUGGACCUUGCUCGGUACCCGAAGACGUCUUGGCGAGGAUCGUAGCGUGGACAGUGCGAGGUCUGAGAUUCCUCAAGGAUGAGCUACAAAUCAUGCACAGAGGUGAGCGAUACGAAUUGGUUUCCACGUCAGCCUCAUGGCUCACUUUGAAAAUCUAAACCGACAGACGUGAAACCAACAAACAUCUUACUGAACCGCAAAGGCGAGGUCAAAUUGUGCGAUUUUGGGGUCUCUGGACAGCUGGAAAAGAGCCUCGCAAAGACGAACAUUGGCUGCCAGAGCUACAUGGCUGUGAGUGUAUGGAUCCUCGUCGUACUGCUCCUCUCGUACGCUCACGUCUCUAUCUUACGUGCCAUGACCAGCCCGAGCGUAUCAAGGGCGAGUCCCAAAACAUGCUUGGCACCUACACUGUCGCGUCUGACGUGUGGUCGCUGGGCUUGACCAUCGUCGAAACGACUUUGGGCACGUAUCCAUAUCCGCCCGAGACGUACUCGAACGUCUUUGCGCAGCUCCAAGCCAUCGUGCAUGGUGACCCGCCCCAACUACCUUCGACGUACAGCAGCCUCGCUCGGGACUUUGUUGCGAGGUGCCUGGAAAAAGUGCCUGACCGGCGAGCCACUUAUGCACAGAUGCUCGAGCAUCCUUGGCUCGUGGAAGACUCUACCAAGGGGGACGGUGUCGACAUGGAGGGAUGGGUCAACAAAGCUCUGGAGGCCAAGAUCGCGAGGAAAGCUGAAUCUGCUGCCGCAUCGACGCCAAACGCCGGAGGGCAAUCAGCGUAGCCAAGGUCGAUGCCGCAUUCUCUGACUCUGACUUUUCCCCAUAGCAUGUAUUAUCCUACACCUCUGUUUGCACAUCCAAUACACGCAAUGCACAUCUUUGUCCUGCCUUGCUUGGAUUCAGCGCUCCCGAGAGCUGAGCCUGCUUGACCCUUGCACCCGGCGGUCUCCGAACGCAUGCUUCGCCAGAGCGGAGAGCUGUGCGCAGACCACGCACUUCUCCUCGUGCUUGUUGUCGCGCGCGGGGUAACGCGCAUUGCCAUGAUUUGAUGCGAGGGACAGCGCGGGGAGAUGUGAUUCCACUGUUGACUGACAUAAACGUCUUUCGUGCCAAGGUCAUAGGCCCUGAAAUUUCAAGUGAAAUCUUGUUUCCCAAUUCCCAAGCUUCUGUUUUCCAAGUAUGCCACUCGCAAUUUCUCCGACUAAGUAUCCAUCAUUGUCGAUCCGACUCGCAGUUACAUGAUCGCGCAUGCAUAGAGUCGACGAAUUCGCUGCCUGGCUCAUUUCGAUCUGAUUUCGUGGGUCCCUCUAAUGCUUGGUGGUCGCGCGACAGAUCACGGAACGCAGGUGCGUGGGAUGGACAAAAGAAAUACAGUGGCUUCAUAUGCGCACUGAUGCACACAUCCUUGAUAUUCCUCGUUCGUCCAGUGGUUAG